GCAACAUCACCACAUUUGAAGAAGAGACAAUGCAACARCGAGGAGAGGAGAAACCUMAAGACAURAACAAUGAAAAUUYAAAUACUUUCAUGAAAGACAACAAUGCCACACAUACCAUGCAGUCAGCGAGUUCUGGUUCAAAGCAGACAUUAGUCUGGAAUAUGGAUGCACACGAAGCUAUCCGGACUGGGGCACAACUUGAUACGAAAGGGAAAAUAUUUCUCGUUGAGGAUGAAAAGGGCUAUGUAAAUAGUAAUGGAAAACUCGUGGUUGAUGUAAAUGAAACCUAUCUAUUUUGGGACGAUGGCCAAGAGAAGCUCUGCAACCUCUUGCARAAUAUGACGCUCUCCAGACCCCUGGACAAAAUUAAUGGGACGCCGAUUCCGUCUACUGUACUAAAUGUGACCAUGGACUGCAUCGAUCACAACCAAAAUAAACAGGGUUUUGGACAAGGAAACUGGAUAACUGCUGUUUAUGCCGCCAGAAUGGCUGCGUAUCUUGCUGGUGUGGAUUUUAACUUUCAAUGUCUUGAUGGACAAGACUCGAAGAUGAGUUUGUUGCUGCCGUGGUUUGAUAAAUAUCAAGAGGCACAACCAACGAAUCGAAAACUGUGGCCACACGGCGGGAUUCGGCCCACCGAGAAAGAGGCGUGCACUCCAAAAUAUCCCUUUCUCCGAAUCGAUAAAAUGGCAUUUGAGAUACAAGAUGAWUUGCGAAAGAUGGCAGUCACACUUGUGGGUACUAGAGACCAAGUCCGCCAACAUCCUGACGUUCCCAUAGAUGCUACACCUCUAAUCCCGGGUGUGGAAUUAGACGAUGUUGCGCUUCAUUUUCGAUGUGGAGAUGUCCUSGGCGGUUUUAAACGCAGUGACUUUGGAAUGAUCCGCUUCAGUGAAUACAAAAARUGGAUACCGAACAACACAGAAAGCAUCGGAAUUUUGACCCAACCCUUUGACAUCCGUUAUAAUCGACUAAAAGAUAGGAAAAAUGCUGAAAAAUGCAGGAUCGUUGUCRACGUAUUGGUGGAUUACUUGCARGACUUUGCUCCAAAUGCAAAGAUUUCAAUUCAUAAUGGUGUCAAUGAGACCCAUCCACUCGCCUACGCAAGACUUGUAAUGGCAAAUAUCAGUAUCACAUCACUGAGUUCGUUCGGAAUAUUUCCCAUCAUCGGAACCUUUGGUGACGGUUACUUCCAAAAAGGGAAUCGUGGAGUUAACCCCUUUGCAACACACAUUCCAAAGAUCUUGCCCAAUAUACAUGAAAUGAGGGCCGAWGUUAGAGCAACAGGACAGAUGUUAGGCAAAUCCAUGGAAAACAUCGUMGAAUGGUUCGUCAACGACACAACCAUCCCCUGAAGAGAUCUAUUGUAUCAAAGAAUUGUUAAGUUAAUWCAACAUUAGGGAGAGAUGCAAAAAUAAAACACGUUCAUGUAG